AUGUUGAUGUGCUCGUGGGUUUACGCUUCUGUUCUGGUGGCCAUAUGUUCUGGAAGGCGGAAUCUGCUCAUGUACAACUUCCUGAGAUCUGGACUGAGAGUUAUGGACGCCCAUAGCUUCGACACGCAACUGAACCUCACGAUUGACUUUGCUGGUACUCUCGAGAGGAUCUCCAUAAUUAUCUUUCGUCUUUCAGGAUCAUUCCAGAUGGAAUCCGAAUCUUCUCCUCUUCUAAUCAUGUUGAGUUUGGAACUUCGAAGAUCAGGGGAGAAGAGACGCGGGCAAGGCCGGGGUCUGCUCAGGUACAUGUCGGUGAAAUAUGGACUGCCAAUCAUGGACUGCCAUAGCUUCGACACGCAACGGAACCUCACGACUGACUUGGCUGGUAAUCUCGAGAGGAUCUCCAUAAUUAUCUUUCGUCUUUCAGGAUCAUUCCAGAUGGAAUCUGAAUCUGAAUCUUCUCCUCCUCUAAUCAUGUUGAGUUUGGAACUUCGAAGAUGGUGUGUUUGUUGGUGGUUCCAAGCUUGGAUAAAUACUAGAGGGCAUAGGCUCUUAUGGUCUAUGGUUUUAUAG